UAAAAUAGUUCGUGUAAUGACUAAACUUAAAUAAUAUAGUUGGAAAAUUUGCGAAAGGUCUGCUUAAUUUUCACGAAAAGAUUUUUUGCGUGUGAAUAUAGAAAAUUAUCUUGGAAAAUUGUCACACCCGAGAGAUUUAUGAUGUAUGUACAUCGUUGAGUGCACGGGUUAAAAUUGCGUAGGCGACAACGAUGGAGGGGUUAAGCAGAGUACGAAGCGAAACUUGGAUCAAAUCGGUGGUGGACAUCUCGUAAGGGAUACGGACAAGCAAUUUGAAGGUUUAUUAAACGAAGAAGAGAGUCGUUUGAUUGAAUGUUUAAAUUUCGCCAGUGACAAGCAAAUACUUGACAUAUUCUGCCGAGAGGAACUUUUUGCCGAUCGAUUUCGUAAUGGAAAUCUCAUUAAUUCUUCGAUCAAUUUUGUAGCGUUUGAAGAUACAAUAAAUCAUCCAUUAAACAGCCCUGAUUUAAAUGCCAAUCAAGCAAAUAAUCAGUUAUUUAUGGAUCAACUUAAUGGCGUUGUUUUAAACAACGCAGAGAAUGAUAGACGAAUUGUUAAAAAUUUGGAUCAGAUCGGCAGGCAUCUCGUAAGAAAUCUAGAUCAGAUUGGUAACGGACACCUGAUAAGAAAUCUAGAUCAAAUCGGUGGCGGACAUUUAGUUAGAAGCAUCGAUUAUCCAAACGUAAGAACAAAACAGCGCAUUGAUCAGCCGAUGAGCAUCUUAGAGAAGCUGCACUUCACGCGAAAUCUGGAUCACAUCGGAGGCGGAAAUCUUGUGAGAAAUUUAGAUCAGAUUGGAGGCAGAAAUGUUGUGCGAAACUUGGAUCCAAUUGGCGGCGGAAAUCUUGUGAGAAGCUUGAAUUGAUUUUGCAGCAAUGCCUAAUCAUGGUGGAGAACAGUACAAGAUGAAGAAAGAGAAUGGUUUAGAAAUGAUAGUAUUAAGAAUAGAGAAAAGCUUUCAUAUUGAUUUUGAAUAUUACACAUGAU